CGGCCUUUUUGGUCGCUCCGCCCUCCCACGCUGCGGGCUGCUGCCGCUUCCGCUUCCGCGCACCGCCCCCCCGGUAGCCUCACCGCCGGCGACGAGCAGGCGCCCCCCGCCCCCACAGGCCCCAACCGCCACCGCCGUUUUUUUUUUCUCUCCCCGCCCCACCCUCCGCGCUCCGGAGCCGCGGAGAUCCCCAGAUCUCGACCGCGGGAGCUCAUGGCGUCGUCCUCCGACGAGCAGCCCAAGCCGCCGGAGCCGCCCGCCGCGGCAGCGGGCGCCGUGGUCGCCACCGCGGCGCCGCCGCAGUCGCACGCCGAGUGGGCCGCCUCGCUGCAGGCGUACUACGCCGCCGCGGGGCACCCCUACGCCUGGCCCGCGCAGCACCUCAUGGCGGCGGCGGCGGCGGGGGCGCCCUUCGGCACGCCGGUGCCGUUCCCCGUGUACCACCCGGGCGCCGCCGCGGCGUACUACGCGCACGCCUCUAUGGCCGCGGGCGUUCCUUACCCGACCGCCGAAGCUGCAGCCGCAGCAGCAGCGGCGGCGGCGGCGGCCACCGCGGCGGAAGGGAAAGGCAAGGGGAAGGGCGGGGGCGCGUCGCCUGAGAAGGGCAGCUCCGGGGCGCCCUCCGGCGAGGACGCCUCCAGGAGCGGCGACAGCGGCAGCGAGGAGUCGUCAGGGACGAGAGACGAUGACACUGACCAUAGGGAUUCCUCUGCGUCCAAAAAGAGGAAAUCUGGCAACACGUCGGCUGAAGGCGAGCCGUCUCAAGCUGCUGUUGUGCGCUAUGCUGCCGUUGAGUCGCCAUAUCCAGCAGCGAAGGGGAGGUCUGCCUCAAAGCUUCCAGUGUCUGCGCCUGGGCGGGCGGCGCUUCCUAAUGCCACCCCGAAUCUGAACAUUGGGAUGGACCUUUGGAGCGCUUCUCCAGCCUUGGCCGUUCCUGCAGUGCAGGGGGAAGCGAAUCCUGGGUUGGCGCUUGCCCGGCGUGAUAGUGUUACUCAACUGGAUGAACGAGAAUUGAAGAGGGAGAGGCGAAAACAAUCUAACAGGGAGUCUGCAAGGAGAUCAAGGUUACGCAAGCAGCAAGAGUGUGAGGAAUUAGCCAGGAAGGUAGCUGACCUAACAACUGAGAACAGUGCUCUCAGAGCAGAACUUGACAAUCUUAAAAAGGCCUGCCAAGACAUGGAAGCAGAGAAUUCACGUCUACUGGGUGGAGUGGCGCACUCCCAGGGACCAAGCGUCACAACCACAUUGGGAAUGAGCAUCGAUCCGCCAAAGGUGCAGCAUCAUGAUGAUGAGGGCCAGCUUCACAAGAACACUAGUAAUAACAGCAAUGGGAACUACGCGGGCACCAGCCACAAACCGGAGGCUAACACUAGGUGAGAGACAGGAGUGAUGAGGAAGUGACAAAGAUGAGAUGAGGUGUUUCUUAUCUAACCACAACACCCAUCAUCAAUCGGUGUGUUUUUUUCUUAGCAAAGCUGUUGUUUUAGCCCUCACAGCCCGCUGGGGCCAUGUAGAGUCGCCCCACUGCAGCCAUGUAUUAUUUAUGGCUCGUCGCGGUGUGCAUUUGUGUUUUCGUGUGUUGUGUAAACCUAUUGAUGUAGCUAUUGUAACAAAACCUAGAGAGCCUAGAGGUUUUUAUGUUUGCUAACUCCUGAUGAGGGAUGUAACCGGCCAAUUUGGUGCCUGAUCGAUGGUUAGAUGAAAUGCGAGCAAAUAUCAUUUGAUAGCCUGCCUCGCCUUGUUUGGAUGGUUGCACUUUUGUGGGAGAUAUUUUUUAUACGGGUUAAUGAAAGUUUGAUGGUUUA